AUGCAAUACUGCGGAAACACACCAAUACACACGACCAACGGCACCUACUACAUGCACCAAGCCCAUGGCUACGGCGGACACUCACCAGCUGGCAUGCAUGCAGACACUUCCAGCCACAGCUGUGUCAUGAAUCAAAACACAUCUGAAAAGAACUGGUUCAAAACAGCUGCAUUUUUCAUAUUCAGGAUUGUUUUCCUCUUUCUCUAUUUCAUAGGACUGCUAGUUAGUGUUAUUGCAGGAGUCCUCUUGCUGAUUUAUCUCGCUACUGAGUGUUUUUACUCAUCUGAAGCAUCGUUUGACGACUCCUACUGCUCCGAACUUCUAAUCGUCUUUGCGAUUUCUGUUGCAGUGACAUUUGUUAGCUAUGUGUUUGGAAUGUGUUGUGUUGGAUAG